CCCUUUUCCUAGAGUUGGAUUCUCUCCUGUCGCCGGGUUUAUACGCGCAUGCUCAAUCUGGCGAUGGCGCAUGCGUGAUGUUGAUUCCUCGUCUCUGAGGAAACGCCUGAGUGAAGAGAGUAGAGAAGUGAAGGGAGCUAGGCCGAAGCCGGGGGCUUGCCUAGAUGUCUUCGCCGGAGGAGGCGCGUGUUGCGCCUCUCCCGGAGGGAGACCUGCCCCCGGAGUGGGAGACGGAUGAAGAACGAAUGGCUUUUCUGUUCUCUGCCUUCAAGCAGAGUCGGGAGGUGAACGCUACCGACUGGGAUAGCAAGAUGGGGUUUUGGAGCGAGCUGGUGCUGAAACGGGGGCGUCGCCGGGGAGAGGUCCGCACCUGUUUACGCGAGCUCCAGCAGGCCUUCGAGCGGCGGGGUAGCGUCCCGUUGGGGCUGGGCACCGUGCUUCGCGAGCUGCUCAGACGUGGCAAGCUGCAACGGGAAUCUGACUUCAUGACAAGUGUAGACAGCAGCUGGAUCUCCUGGGGUGUGGGAGUUUUUAUUCUGAAGCCCCUGAAAUGGACUCUGUCCAGUGUGUUAGGUGACAGCAAAGUGCCAGAAGAGGAAGAGAUCUUGAUUUACGUGGAUUUACUUCAGGAGAAGGCAGAAGAAGUUUAUCACCUUUACCAGAAUUCUGCACUGUCUUCACACCCUGUUGUUGGCCUGUCAGAAUUGCGUUCCUUGUGCACCACCCUCUGCCCAGAUGAAAGGACAUUCUGUCUAGUGAUGCUCCAGCUGCAGAAGGAAAAGAGAGUUACAGUUUUGGAGCAGAAUGGAGAUAAGAUAAUGAAAUUUGCACGAGGUCUUCAUGUCAAAGUGUCCCCAGUGAAUGAUGUGGACAUUGGAGUGUAUCAGCUGAUGCAAAGUGAGCAGCUGCUGUCACAGAAGGUGGAAUCCCUUGGCCAAGAAGCAGAGAGGUAUAAAGAGGAAGCCCGGAAUUCUUGUAGAGCUGGGAAAAAGCAGUUGGCUCUAAGAUUUUUGAAAUCCAGACAAAGAACAGAAAGACGCAUUGCAGAACUUCACUCCAAGCUGGAUGUUGUACAAGGGAUUUUGGAUCGGAUAUAUGCUUCUCAAACAGAUCAGAUGGUAUUUAAUGCAUAUCAAGCUGGAGUGGGAGCUCUGAAGCUAUCCAUGAAGGAUGUAACAGUGGAGAAGGCAGAGAAUCUGGUGGAUCAAAUUCAAGAGCUUUGUGACACCCAGGAUGAAGUAUCCCAAACUUUAGCAGGAAUGGGGAUCAAUGGCUCAGAGGCUGACACCGAGGAACUGGAAAAAGAACUGCAUAAUCUCCUCUUUGACUCUUCCAAAGAUCUUCCAGACCUGCCUUCUGUUCCCCAGAAACCCUUAUUUCCUGAGUCUGUGGUGCUUCCCAGCAUAACAGAUGCUGAGCUUGAAGCAGAGUUGGAGAAGCUCACAUGUUCAGAUGGAGGAUUGGGACAAAAGACUGACUCCUCACAGCCCAAAAGAGCUCUGGAAUUACAUCUCUAACAGCUCCAGAUCAACUUCCUACUGUGAAGAUGUCUUAAUUUUGGUGAUGAUUCUUAAAGAACUUGUGGAAUGUGGGCUGAUGCCCCCUCCUUGCUAGACAGCACUUUUUUUUUGUAAGAGACGGGAUGUACUGCCAUGACAAUCCAUCCUCUUUUAAACAGACCCCAACUGCUGUUGCUCUUGUCUCUUUCAUUGCCAAGCUGCAGUGUUGCUGAGCGACUUGUUCACCUGUGUUGCCAGUUAUGGCCUCUCUUCUCUGUCAGGUUGGCUCCUGCUGGGAUUCUAAUGUGCCAUCUCACCCUAUGAGGGCCUGCUUAACACUUAACAGAACUAAACCUAAGUGUGACAACCAUUGGGGAGAACUAAAAACACAGCAGGGUCAUGAUUGCUGUGGUGUCCAGCUGUGUUGUGUGGUUGUACAAAUCAUUUGGUGCACUGUAGAGACACUUUCUCUGACAGCCAGCUUUUGGCAACAAGCUUACACAUAUUGAUGGUCUUUCUGUUCUUCCUUAUCUGUGUUUGCACGGUUGUGGACAAUUUAGGUGUAUGACUGUUUUAUUGUAGGAGACUUAUUUACUGUUGCUGUUCCCAUGAGGGGGGUAGCACUAGCCAGCACAGAAUAAAAUAUUUCCCCAAUACUAGCAUAGCCUUAAAGGGACCUGCAAAGGAUUUUGAAAUGAAGAUGUUGCAUUUUUUGUUGCUGCUUGAAGAUGAUAAAAGUCUCUUGAUGUUUUAAAAGUGCUUUUUGGGUUAACUGGAGGAAAAGCAAAUGGUGCUUUGUUCUGGUUCAGUGGAAUGUUUCCUUUAACAGCCUCGGGGAAUUUAGGGUGCACAUUUGAACCAGAAGCAAUAGAUGGUGGCUUUGUAUCCUCCACAAAGUUCUUUUCUUGCGCGUGUUUGAAAAAUUAAAAAAUGAUGGAUUUGAACUGAGCUUCCGCCACUCCUGUGGCAUCUCCCUUGGAGUGUCACUUUUCCCCAGCAGCUCAAGAAGCAAUUAAUGUACCUGAUGAGCAAACAAGAACAGGAUGGUUUAAGUACCUGAAGAAAUGUGCAGUUGUUCUCUCCUUUGCAAGUCACUUUUCUCACUGCUUUAUGUGCAUGUGAGAAAAUGCAGGCCUGCUCUGUCUUGAGGGCAGCUGCUUUCUGCAUGGCCGAGUCACUGCUUGAGGAGGAGCCAAGCAGUCAUUGUGAAUGUCCUUCAGAGAGAGGCGCCAUGCUGGGCCGCUAUAGCAAGAACAUGUAGUAAGUAGUGGCUGUUAGUAAAUCUGCAGCCUGUUCUGUGACAACGUGUGUAUGCGAUUAGAAAUAAUGGCCUUAUGGUAUCUGCUAUUCCACUGAGUUUUGGGCAGAGCGGAGGAAAGCUUUGAAUGUUUUAUCAAGGAUGACACUGGAGCCUGAAUUUGGGAGAGGGGGAAACACUGCAAAGUUUUUACUUUCAGCACACUAUAUUGAAGUGGAUACUUUGCUGUUUCCCCAGGAUGCUUCUUGGACUUGCAGUCAAGAAGGCAUGUCAUGUGACCUUGCGAAGAAGGCCAGGUACAAAUGGGAUUUUGCAGAAUGAUUUUAAUGGCAUUGUGUUACUUUUGCUUAGUAAGAAGAUGAGAGGAGGAAAAGUAAUCACUGUUUUUUACCAAUGAUGUAAUAAAGGGAAGAAAAUACUUUAA